AAUAUGAUAAAAGAGAUGAUUUUGAUAUUCUACUGGUUACUAUUCGGAAAAACAUUACAUGAAAUUCUUUAUUGAAAAUUCUAUGAAAAACUGUUUUAUCUGAUUAUUUUAAAAAUUUUUCAAUAUUUUAAACGAUGGAAAUUUUAAUAACAGAUAUUGAUGUAAAAGAUAUAAGAUUUCCAACAUCAUUAUUAGCAGACGGAAGUGAUGCUAUGCACACUGAUCCUGAUUAUUCUUGUGCAUAUGUUACUAUUAAAACGAACAAAGGAAUCGAAGGAUAUGGAUUAACAUUUACCUUAGGCAGAGGCACAGAAAUUGUCGUACAAGCGUGUAAAUCAAUGUCUUAUUUGGUAAAAGGAGAAAAUGCCAAUAAUAUUUUUACACACUUUGGAAUAUUUUGGAGAAAAUUAACUAGUGAAUCGCAAUUAAGAUGGAUUGGUCCAGAAAAGGGUGUUAUUCAUCUCGCAACAGCUGCUAUAAUAAAUGCAUUGUGGGAUUUAUGGGCUAGAAUAGAAAAAAAGCCAGUCUGGAAGCUGCUUACAGAUUUGAGUCCCGAACAAUUAAUUUCUACGAUUGAUUUCAGAUAUAUUACCGAUGUUAUUACAAAAGAAGAAGCAAUAAAAUUAUUGAAAGAUAAUCAAAAAGGUAAAGAAGAACGCGAAAUAAUAUUACGAAAAAAUGGAUAUCCGGCUUAUACAACACAAGUGGGCUGGCUUGGAUAUAGCGAUAGCAAAGUUAAGGAACUUUGUGCUAAAUAUUUAGCUCUUGGUUUCACAUCUUUCAAGGCAAAGGUUGGCCAGAAUUUAACAGAUGACAUAAGAAGAUGUCAACUUAUUCGUGACGUGAUAGGAUAUGAAAAUAAAUUAAUGGUAGAUGCUAAUCAAAUAUGGGAUAUAAAUGAAGCAAUCGAAUGGAUGAAACAAUUGAUCAAAUUUAAACCAACUUGGAUCGAAGAGCCAACAUCUCCGGAUGAUGUGUUAGGACAUGCAAAGAUCGCGAACGAAUUAAGACCACAUGGUAUUGGUGUUGCAACAGGUGAAAUGUGCGCCAAUCGCGUAAUGUUUAAGCAACUGUUACAGGCAAAGGCAAUUGAUUAUUGUCAAAUCGAUUCAGCUAGAAUAGGAGGAAUCAAUGAAAUAUUAUCUGUUUAUUUGAUGGCAAAAAAACUGAAUGUUCCAGUAUGUCCACAUGCUGGUGGAGUAGGUUUAUGUGAAAUGGUGCAACAUCUUCAGAUGUGGGAUUUUAUUUGUUUGAAUGCAUCCAUUGAAAAUCGUGUGAUAGAAUAUGUCGAUCAACAACACGAGCAUUUUGAACAUCCUGUAUAUAUUCAAAAUGCUUGUUACAUGCCACCUACAAAUCCGGGAUAUUCCACCAAAUUUACCGAGGAUAGUAUUAAAAAUUAUUCAUAUCCAAAUGGAGAAAAAUGGAAAAAUAUAUAUAAAAAAAAUUCAUCAAAUCUUAUACAAAUCAUAUGAUUAAAAAACAUACAAAAUCGAAAAUGUAUAUGUAUGAUUAUAUAUAUUAAUUAAAAUAUAUAUGAUAAUUUAUGUUUUAAUAUAAAUACAUAUUUGCAAUAUAUCUCACAAAACAAAUUAAUUAAAGUUUGGAUAUUAAGUUAUAACAAUGCUAUUCAAAGAACACAAUUUUACUUUUUACCAAAAAAAAUAUCACAGUUACUGAUCUUGAUUUUAACCUUACCUGAUAUAAUAAAAUUUUAAUAAAUAGUUGACAAAAUUUUAUAUUAUUACUUAUUAUCUUCAAAUUGAGACUUCAUAUAAUUAAUCUGUAAAAUAUAAUAUAUAAUAAUAAAUAUAUCAUAAGAUGAUAUGAAAUAUAUGUUAUAAAUAUAAAAUACAAUAUUAUAUAUUAUGUAUAUUAUAAUAUUAUGUACUUAUUAUCUUGAAGUCGAGAUUUCACAUAAUCAGUCUGUAAAAUAUAAUAAUAAAUAUCAAUUUGAAAUAAAUACACUUAUAAAAU